AUGGCAACUGUAACAAUAGCAACGAUCAAUGCCAACUCUUUACAAAUUGAUUGCUCAUUGAAACAGAAAACCAUUGGAACCAAAGCCCUGAUAGAUUCAGGAGCUACAGACGACUUCAUGGACACAAAAUUCGCCAUCAGACACCAACUCCCCCUCCAAAAACUCCCAACUCCUAUAACGUGUAAAAAUGUUGACGGAACCACGAACAAAAACGGAAAAAUUAUGCAUUGCACCUAUCAGAGGAUAGCUGCAGGAGGACAAAACAGGUUUACAAAGUCCCUAUUGACCGGACUAGACGGAGAAGACAUAUUACAGGGAUUUCCCUGGUUACGA